GCAGUUUGAAAUCGUGCGGUGUAAACGCUGGCGGGCGGCUCAGGGCGUGAUUUGAACGCGGUUCCGGUGCGCUGACUGACUCCCGGCGGAAUCCGGGUGACUCAUCUGAGGUUUGACGCUGGUCUCAGGGCCGGAGGAGGAGGAGGAGGAGAGUGGAGGAGAAAGGACGAGGGCAAAAGUUGGGGCGUGAGAUGACUUCCAGGAAUGAAAAGGCCGCGGUGGCGGCGGCGGCGGUGGCGGCGACGGGCCGGUUGGGGCAAUGGAAAGGCGGUACUUCCUGCGAGACGGACCUGGAUAAGCUGCGGAAGGAGAACGCGUCGCUCAAGAAGCGCCUGGCGGAGCCGAGCAAAGCAAAAAGUAAAGUGACUGACGGGGAGAGGAGCAGAUUGCUGGAGAAAAUUCUUUCACUUGAAACGACAAAGCAAAAACAGAUAUAUGCGCUUGAACAGAAAGAUAAGGAGAUCCAGGCAUUGAAAGAUCAACUGUCAAAAUCUAAAUGUUUUGCUGAAGUCCAAUCCCUGCGCUGCCAACUUGCAGAAAAAAAUAAAGAAGAUGAAAAGAGAGAAUGUCUCUUUAAGUCUCUGACUGAAGAUACUGAAAACUUGAAAAAUAAACUGACUGUUAUCACUUUAAAAUGCCAAGAGCUUGAAAACCACACUCCAACUUUCCAGACACAGAAUGAAAAAGCAUCAACUCAAAAAACUACAGCUAUCCAGGAUCAACUGAAAGAUGCUUUGGAGAAAAACCAACAGUGGCUGGUUUAUGACCAACAACGUGAAGCCUACGUCAGAGGAUUGCUCGCUCGCGUCUUUGAGCUUGAGCAGCAAGUUGGUUUAGCACGCCAGCAGCAUCGUGAAGACUUCAGAUCAGAAGAUCAACUAUUGGAAGAUAAACAGAAAUAUGAAAAACUGCUCCUCGCUGCAAAAAAAGAUACAGAAGCACAGUGUGCGAUUGGAGAGCAGUUGCGUUCAGAGCUUUCUGAAUUGAAAAAGCAGUAUGCGGAAAAGAAGUUGAUAAUCAAGGACCUCAACGUAAAACUGAAAGUAAAUCAGGAAGCUGGCAAGUGGAAGGUUGAUGAGGAAAAGAAACGUGCAGCGGAAACAGUUCAGAAACUUAAAUCUGAGCUGGAAAGCUUAAAAAGGCAAUACGAAGAGGAGAAAAGGAAAUCUUCAGAUUUUUUUCAUCAGAAACUGUACGAAAUGUGCCUUUCAGACUCAGCUUUGUACAAAAACGGUGAAGAUGAUGGCAGAUUAGGCUUACGAACAUCCAGCAACCUUCUCGAUAACAGUUUCUUAGAAUGUCCUAAAUGCAAAGCCCAGUAUCCCACCAGCCAACACCGGGACUUGCUGGACCAUAUUGAUUUUUGUACUAACUAACCACUUAUAUUCACGUCCUCCCGACAUGAAAAGUGUUAUAAAA